AUGGCUUCCUCAUCGUCAUCGCUGUUGCCAUCACCUCCGUUACCAUCCUCUUCCGCCUCUGCUCCCGAUUCGCCCUCGCUAAUACUGCACGCGUCGUCUCCGCCAACUUAUCCACACUUUGGUUCCGCCGUUCCGAUCAUACUCUGGAAUAUUGAUACCAAUACUUGUCAUACCUUUAAUGAGGACCCGCCGGAAUACAUCACUCUCUCACACAGCCACGAAGAAGACACCGAAGAAGAUAUCGAGACCUUGAGACUCGACUUCAUAACAUACGUGGCAAAAGAGCAUUGUAUUAGUUACGCCUGGCUUGAUCCACAUUGCAUGGGCCAGACACAGGACGAGAUUAGUCGUUCUGUUGAGUCCAUGUUCAAGUACUACCAGGGAGCCAGGUUCUGCUGCGUGUGGCUUCGCGGCCUGGGCAUUUAG